AAACUCUGAAAACCCAGCGAGCCGCUGCGUGGGAGUCAGACGGGCGGCGGAGAGACACACGGCGAUCAACGACACUCCCGCUCCCACCUGUGUUACGGUUCCCAUUAGAAACCGGCGAGUGAACGACUUUUGGUAGCGAGUGUUCCGCGGCAGACACCGGGCGGCGCCGCUGAAGACAGCGGCCAGGGAGUGUUGUUAGUGACGGUACCAUGUGUGGGCGGCGCGUGGAGCGCUGAGUUCGGUAUCUGUGUACCUCCCACGAGCAUGCCCUCCCGCGGGUGCCCUCAAUACCACUCAAGCAACGGCCCUCUGCUGGGUCUCACCUCCAGGUCAGUGUCCGUCCCGACCCUGUGCUCUGUUCCUCCUAGAGCACUCCACCUUAACUCCGCAGACAUGGGCACUCUGGCAUCGCCUCGUGAGCAACUGGGCGCCCUUCACCCGCUGCUGGUGGCCAGUGGUGUUCAGCUAAACCACAAGGCACACGACAACUCUGACAUGUCUUGCUGCGACAACGGAGACUGGCCUCGCAGCACCUCGCCGGCACAUUCCACUCACAGCGGCAAUUCCUCCUUACCCUCCGAGGAGGUGGUGGACUCAGGAGUCUGCUCUGAACACGACACUCCGCCCCUUACAGUCCGCUACCAAGCCUCACGCUCACCUCUUCACCGUCAGGCGGCAUCAGACUCAGAUUGCGAGAGUAAUCUGUCCAGUGAUUCCCUGCCAGACCAGUGCCGUGGAUCGAGGCGAUGGAAGCCCCCGCGACGCACCGCACGCCCUGGAGGCGGAAAGCUCACACUUCCCGAGGCACUACUCCAGGAGAUCAAGGAGAAAUGGCAGGAAUUACAACACCGACGUCAACAACAGGGCCGAGUGGACGUCCCUGAGCGGGGCGGCUGCGGGCAACUGGGCACGAGGGCGGUGGCAAGUCAGUGGUCUGCCGGCCGCCACGCUCAACACCGCCGCUCCUCCUGCCCCGCCAGUCCAGUCCUCUCACGCGCAUCGUCCCUCUCCUUCCCUUCUUCCUUCUCCCUGUUUGACGAAGAACUGGAGUCGCCCCGCAGCUCUCCUGUGUACCUAGAAGGGUGGCGCCUGAUGGGGGUGCAGAGGCCCUGUGAUCAUGUGGGGGCGCGGGCCCUCUACGAGUGCCGUGACGAGGAGGCCGGCCAAGGCUUCGCGGGCAUCCGUGACAUAUUCUCCCCGCAGCAAGACUCCACCAUCAAGAGCUGCAAGGGCACCGUCAGGGGCGUGAAGAACAGAGUGCGUGCAGGAAUCGCCACAUUCACGACUGACCAAAGAAUAACAAAGUACUUCAUGGAACGUGAGCGCGGCAAGGUGGUGGUUUACUUGACGACUCUGGGCAUCGUGCGGGACACCUACGAGCGCUGCCUUCGCAUCCGUAAGAUCUUGUGGACGCUGCUGGUGCGUUUCGAGGAGCGGGACGUGUUCAUGGCACGAGACACACAACUGCAACUCCUCGACCGUCUCCACUCCAGCCAGGUCUCCGUGCCCCAUGUGUUCUUGGAGGGGCAGUACCUCGGGGACGCGGAGCAGAUCGAGAGACUGAACGAGUGUGGUGAACUGCGCCGCCUCCUGCAACCUUACCGGAGGGCGUGUCAGGUGAGCCCAUGUGACACUUGCGGGGGCUUCCGGCUGCUGCCCUGCUCGGUAUGCAACGGCUCCAAGAAGUCUGUGCACCGCAACGACUUCACGCUUGAGUUUGUGGCGCUCAAGUGUUCCAGCUGUGACGAGUCGGGCCUGGUGCGGUGCUUGGAGUGCGCCGAGGACAAGGACGGGCUGGAGCGGCCGGCGUGAGACAUCCAGAUCCGAGGGAACGAAGAAAGGAAGGCUUAGAGGACUAUACAUGGAUGAGAUGCAGUGGAGGAGAAAGGGACGGAUGAGAUGACGCAAGACGCACGUGGAGUUUUUAUUAGUGCCUUAAGACGUGUUCGUAUUGCUGUUUAGCCAAAGGGUGCGUCCAUUACUUGUCUCUCCACGCACCUGGCGCCGCCGCAUCUGGUCCGCGCUGCUGCUUACUGAGUGUUACGCUGUUCAACUCCAAUUCAUGUGUUUUUGGUGUUGCCUUUCUCCUUCCUUCUGUUUCCUCAGCCACUCUGUCACGCAGUAUCUCAUUCACUCCGUCCCAUCCUUCCACAUUAGAGCCUUCCUGCCACGAGUCACGUAAUCCAUAUCUUAACAUAGGACACAACGCGCGAGACCAAUGACAGCUGUGAUUAGUUACGGGAGUCAGAUGUAUAUGUCAGGAAUACGAGUACUAACCAACACGCCGCGGAGCCUCACAGUGACAGGAGUAAGGGCCGGGCGAGGUGGUCGGCUCUCAGUGUCACUCAGAUGUCCCCGUGCCGACCACCACCGCCACCUUUGCACAUCAGUAGAAGUGUGACGUUUACCGGGCCUCGCUCCUGUUGGUCUUGUGUCGCCUGAGUGCGCCGCUAAAGGCAGGGAGAGCGCACGCAAGAAUAACAGACUGAGAAACAAGGAACCGAUAGUCUGUUAAAUAGUGUGUGAUGGUUAGUCCUCCCGCCUUCAGUCCCCUUACCUGCGGCGCGCCCGGCCACACAACACACCUGGCGCACUAUAGCAAUUUAGUGUUAUGUUUCUUCCCAGGUCGUAUGCUGUAUGUAUAUUUUUACUUGUACGUAUAUUAUAAUUUUUUUGUAGAUCGUUCUUCACUUAAUAAAAUGUUAUAUAUAGACA